AUCGAAGCGACAGGCUGGGAAGGAAGUAGCGUGGUAAGGGGUGUGGCGGUUUUUGCGGUUGCACUGGAGUUCGGAAGAGUACGGAGCGCCUGGAGGGACAGUCUGGAUAAAGUUCACUGAUGGCUCAGUUGGGAGCAGUUGUGGCUGUGGCUUCCAGUUUCUUUUGUGCAUCUCUCUUCUCCGCUGUGCACAAGAUAGAAGAGGGACAUAUUGGGGUAUAUUACAGAGGUGGUGCCCUGCUGACAUCCACCAGUGGUCCUGGCUUCCAUCUUAUGCUUCCGUUCAUCACAUCCUACAAAUCUGUACAGACCACACUCCAGACAGAUGAGGUGAAGAAUGUACCUUGUGGGACCAGUGGUGGUGUGAUGAUCUACUUUGACAGAAUUGAAGUGGUGAACUUCCUGGUCCCAAAUGCAGUGUAUGACAUUGUAAAGAAUUACACUGCUGACUAUGACAAGGCCCUCAUCUUCAACAAGAUCCACCAUGAGCUGAACCAGUUCUGCAGUGUGCACACGCUCCAAGAGGUCUACAUUGAGCUGUUCGGUAAGGAA